AUGACGGCGAGUGUGGAGGCAUUGGAGCAGCCGCAGGAGAGCGACCUCAUAGCAGCAUCACCUCAAGACCGCGAAAGAGCGCGCAGCGAGAAAGCUUGGGCCAGCUUCCAGGCAUUUCUGGAGUCGCCCGGUGACAAAUGCCCGCGCUGUUGGCUGAUGAGACGCCAUUGCUGCUGCGCUGGGCUGCCAGUGCUAGAGAUGAGGCUCAAGGUCUUUGUCUUGAUGCAUCACCUGGAGAUAGGCCAGCGCAAGGCAUCGAACACUGCAAAGUUGCUGCUGCACUUCGGGGCUGAGCUCCUGUGCUGGGGCGUGGAAGAACAUGAUUCCAGGCUGCAACAGGUCAUCCAGGACGACGAGGAGGGCACAGUGGUGCUAUUCCCCAGCGAGAGUGCAAUCCAGGCUCAGAGCCUGGCAGAGGCGCCCAGGCAGGUGGUUGUGCUGGACGGCGGCUGGCGCGAGUGCAUUGGCUGCAGCUGUCAAGUCACCCGUGAGAAGCGGGACCCGCGGCUGCAGCUUGCCAGCGGUGGCGCUGCACAGCUGGCUGAGCAGGUGGCAGAGGAGUUGAAAGAUUGGAAGAAGAAACGAGAGAAUGCCUAUGCGCAGCGACGCCACGUCCGUGAGAAGCUGCAUAGGGAUGCUGUGCAAGGCAAACGCCAAGAGGAGCAGGAUAAGCAAAAAGUCAGGGAUUUUGUGCGCGAAGUCCUUUUCGACGUAGCAAAGCAUGCGUUGUCAAGUGGCACAGCAAAGGGUAUACCUCCAGUAUCCGCAAGGACCAGCUCAGGCUUGGAGACUGAGGAUCCUCAUGGAAGCAUCAGUGCUGGCGCUCCCGCUUUGCUGCUGCUCCGCAGCCGUCUGGGGAGUCUUGUCGAACGUCUGGAGGCCACGGAUGCGCCUCCCCCAGCAGAGAUGGUGCAGGCAGCAGCUUUGGCCAAAGAGGCCCUCAACCGUAAGCGACGUGAGCGGAUGAAAGCGGCAUCGCUAAAGCAUCGAUUUGCAGAGCUAACUCAUGGAGCAGACCAGGAACUUCUGGACGAGGCAGAGCUGGGCUUUGAGCAGCGUCACAGUGUGCUGCAGAACCUGUCAGACCAUCUCAGGCAGGUUGUGAAUAGUCUUCGUGCCUCCGUGGACCAUCGACAGCAAGCUUUCAGCGAGUUGGACGCAGCCAACAGAGGCCCUGCAUCGCAGGCGCCGAAGGCAUGGUGGAAGGCACUGAAUGACGACCAGGAAACCGAGACUGAGCUUGAGAGCGUAAGGCCAUGCCUGGCAGAGGGGGACGAGCCAAGUGAGGAGUUCGCAGCUGCAGAAGCAGGUGCUCGACUGGGGUCAUGCGAGAAUCGAGCUGAGCUCUGCCAGAGCUUUCAGCGGCGCUACUCGCGAGCUGAUGCUAGCCAUGAGGCAUGGAUGGCGGAGAGCCAGCUUGAAGCUUGGAAGCUCAGGGCUCGCCUCGAGCUGCUACAGGAGCUGCGGCGCGAGGCGCAGGCCUGGCACCAGAAGAAGUUGACCUCUUUGCAGCUCCUGCAGGAGAGCAUGGUGGCGGAAAAGGUCAGACAGAGAGUGGGGCUGCCGCCAUUGCGGAAGUGUUCCUCACCUUGCAGACAGGAAUCAACAAGUCUUUGCUUGGCAUAA